AUUGCCCAGCAAGCACUGCGUAUAUGAGAUGUAUUUCGAGGUCUUGUAUACCAUGGGGGAUUAGAUCAUGAGAAUUUUCCUGGUCGCUCAAAAAUUACUACCAAAUUGAACUCCCCAAGAUAAAGACCUUACGAAGACAAGACAUGGCUCAAAGAGAGCAGAUUACUGGUAUGGUUUGCCAAGAAAAGAUUGAAGGGAAGUUACUGGUAUGUUUUGCCAAGAAAAGAAGAGGAUGAGCACAUUAGGUUUGUUGGCUUUGCGUAAUUAUUGAGGAGGAAGGAGAUGCAAAAGGGUAGUUUUUAACUUGAGAUGGCCAAUGAACUAAUCAGGUUGGGGAUCUCGCAAAUCAGGUAGAAAUGCCUUUCUCUAUGCAGCCACUUACCCUUACGGUGAGUUUGAUUUAUGUUUGAUAAGGGUAGGCAUGAGAAAAGGUUUCUUGGUUCAUGGGAAAUCAAGGCUAUUUCCCUAUUAGCAAGGAGCCGUCAUCAUAAACCAUGGCGCAUGAAUCCCACGUAAGCAAGUGUGACCCUAUGGCCACUUUGAUGCUUAGGGUUGGAUUAGAUUAUAUUGCUUUGGAUUAGAUUCCUCACAAGAUUCAAGGUAUGUUACCUUCAAUUUAAACAAAAUUUAAACGUUUUCCUCUAUGUCUUCAUUCAGCAUACCUUGAAUCUAGUGAGUUGUCUAAUCUAAUCCAAUUUUAGACAUCAAACGUGACCUAGAUUGCUCAAAAGCAUUUUUAAAGUCGUUUUGGCUAGAGGCGAGCGCAUUAUGCUUCAUGAAAUCUUGGGCUUUAGUUACUUUAAUCCAAAGCCCAUCAAUGCCUUUUGGGCCAUACCAUCAAUGUAGCCCUGUGGGACAUUUAUGUUGUUUCCUUUCCUUUUAUUUUAUACAUUUAUGCGCAUUUAUAUUGUUUCUUGCUUUGAUUACUUUCUUUCUUAUGUUAUCUCCUCCGUUUUGAAACCCAAGAAACAGAGAAAAACUGAGGGAGGGAGUGAAAACAGAGAGAGAGAGAGAGAGAGAGAGAGGAUUACGAUGACGAGUACAAGUGCGGUGGGCAUCAUUAUCUUCUUCUUCAUCCUGUUUUUGGUACGGACGGGUCAAGCCAUUUGGAUGACGUUACCGUCAUCCGGUACAAAGUGCGUCUCCGAGGAAAUCCAGAACAACGUCGUUGUUUUGGCUGACUACGUCGUCAUUUCCGACGAUCACUCCCACUCCCCCACCAUCUCCGUCAAGGUGACAUCGCCUUACGGGAACGAUCUUCAUCACAGGGAUAAUGCUACACAUGGUCAGUUUGCCUUUACAACUCAAGAGGCUGGUAACUACCUGGCAUGUUUUUGGGUUGAUAGUAAUAAUCGUGGAGGCAGUGGGGUAAGUGUCAACCUUGACUGGAAAACUGGAAUUGCAGCUCAGGAUUGGGAUUCAGUAGCAAGAAAAGAGAAGAUUGAGGGUCUUGAGCUUGAACUACGGAAACUGGAGGGGGCAGUGGAGGCCAUCCACGAUAAUCUACUUUAUAUCAAGGGCAGAGAAGCGGAUAUGAGGAAUUUAAGUGAACGAACAAACACAAGGGUGGCGUGGUUUAGCAUGAUGUCCUUGGGCGUCUGCAUUGGAGUUUCAGGUCUGCAGUUAUUGCACCUGAAGCAAUUUUUCCAAAAGAAGAAGCUUAUUUAAAUUCUACUACCCCAAUUUUUCUUUCUAGACAAAAAGUGAAAUAGAAAAGGAAAAUUUUAACACAAAGUAAUGUAAACUAUGAGUAGACAGACUGGCAGUUUUCUUGUUUUGGUCGAAAGAGAAAUUUGAGAAAGGAAAAGCAAUAAAUUUUCAGGAAAUAAUGAUAGUUUGAA